CCCAAGCCCCCAACCAUUAAACAUAAGAAAUUCAAAUUCCCGCCCUCAACAGUCAUAUUCUUACACUCCUAAAUCUUAGAAUCACAACCUACGACGAUGGCCGAUGAUGUUGAUCGUUUGUUUGAGUGUUUCAAAUGCGGCGUCUCCCCACCUAAAUCUGCUUUCAGAGAAAUUAAAAAGAGCAAACGCAGGCCAAAGCAAACUAGCUCAGUUCAAGAACCACUGAACCAUUCAGAUGGUCCAUCUUCAGUAUCAUCUGUAAAUACCCCAUCUGUUAAACAAAAAAAGAAACGCAGGCCAAAGCAAACUAGCUCAGUUCAAGAACCACUGAGCCAUUCAGAUGGUCCAUCUUCAGUAUCAUCUGUAAAUACUACAUCUGUUAAACAAAAAAAGCUCUGCAUUCAGAAAAUUGAUUCAUCAGCAGUUAAGCAAAAUGAGUUUAACAAUGGUCGGCGGUUCUCUCCGCUUGUAUUUUACGGUUCUCCAAAUGGGGUGCCACCAAAACGACCAACUAGUUUGUUGCGAUUACUAUAUGAGAUUCGUCGUGAUCUCAGUGAGCAAAAUACAUUAAAGAAGGAAAUUUGGGCUACAUUCCCUAGACAGGAGGAUGCUAUGAAGUUUGCAAAAGAGUAUAACAAUGUUCAUAUUUUUAGCUACCAAGACCAUUUAAAUGGUCAAAGGAGGUUUCUUGUUUCAAGCUAUAAGGAAUUUUGGCGAAGGUACAAAAACAUGAAUCCUAAAUAUCGUCAUCAUUAUGAAGUGAUUCAGGAGGGAUUGCCAUGCCAUCUUUAUUUUGAUUUGGAAUUCAAUAAGCAAGAAAAUGCAAACAAAAAUGGUGAAGAGAUGGUUGAUCUUCUGUUAUCAGCAGUUUUCGAUGCCUUUAACACGAAGUACUCUAUUGAAGGAGACAAUGAUUGGGUGGUUGAACUUGAUUCGUCAACGCAAGAAAAAUUUUCUCGCCAUCUGAUCAUCCGCUUGCCCCAUAUUGCUUUUAAGAACAACACACAUGCAGGUGCAUUCGUUGCUGAGAUAUGCUCACGGAUACAAAAGGCGAAGGAAAGUGAUAGAAGAUUUGAAAAUUUGCUUAUCUGUAAAGAUUCUAGCUCAUCGGAUGCCCCUAGCCAGCUUUUUAUUGAUACUGCUGUCUAUUCUAGAAAUCGUUGCUUUCGUCUACCACUAUCUUCUAAAGCAGGGAAGAGUUCUGUACUUCUACCUACUGGACGUUUCAAAUGCAGGGACAUGAGUGAGGAAGAUGUGUUCAUGGCAUCUUUGAUCUGCAACAUGGAUGUUGACUGCGAAAAGCUAUUAAUAUGCAAAGUGGAUAUGGAUUGCAUAAAGGCUCUACAAUUUGAUACAGAGAUGAAUAAAAACUCUUACAAAGAUUAUGGAGUCGCAAGAGAUCUUUUUUCAAAUUCUUGCACAACUGAUGCUUCAAGGACUUUCCUGAUGGGGAAAUCACCAUUUCCAGUUUUGGAUAUGUUUGUAGAAUCGCUUGCGUCCUCAGGAAGUGUUUCAGGAAAAAUUCAGAGUUGGUAUUGGUUUUCGGAGUAUGGGGUUAUGGUGUAUAACAUGUUGCGAAAUAGAUACUGCGAACGAAUUGGUAGACAGCACAAAAGCAAUCACGUGAUAUAUGUUGUUGACCUAAGAAGAGCCGCUUACUAUCAAAAAUGUCAUGAUCCAGAUUGCAGAGGUUACCGGUCUCCAUUGCGUCCAGUACCUGAAGAGAUUGUACCUGAUACUACAAUUUUUUUCAAGCCUGUGAAGCAUAAUGAUAUCCAGGAAAUCCAGGAGCAUAAUACAGAUUACAGUAGUACAAGCAGUGUGGAUAGCUGCAUGAAAGAUGGUUGGUUGCUUGAAGCCGUAAACUUUGCAGAACAGGUUGAGAAAAGGGCACUAGAUUUUGGGGAUGUUACAUUGGAUCAAAUGUAUGAAGAAAGCGCUGAAUGGUGGGAUGCAGUUGUCAGCGCUGCAACCCAGACUGAACAAAUGUACUUUGGACAUAGAUGAACCUUCAAAACCCUUGGUUGAUAGCUACACGAUGUAUUGCUGCAGUCUUUGAAGAUAAGGGUUUUCUAAUACUUCUGUCUAUUGUAGCUAUAGGUCUAGCAUACUGUGAAACACUGUCUACGUGAUUUUACAGGCAGUAAGUCAGAAAAUGAUGUGCCCUAAAGAAAUCUCAUAUAUUUCCCUGAAUUCAGUACUCA